AUGACAGUGCUGGCCACCGAAGCAUCCAGAGCCCAGGCUCUGAACACGCCAAGAUCACAUGUAGGAAGACUCAACGAGUCAAAGGCUUCAGCGUUGAACCAGGAUGAAAAACGAAAGAUCUCCCCCGCACUGUCGUUGUUCUCUGGCGGUGUCGCUGGAGGUGUCGAAGCCACCAUUACUGUAUGA